GCGAACUUCAAUUAUCAAGUUGUGGUCAUACUACUUUGUUUUGGUUUUUAGUAAAAAUAAAUAUUUAGUGAUAUCAACUUUUUAAUUAAGGAGUUUAUUCGUUGUUCGUAAUUGUAGAUGACGAAUUACAUUGCUUAACUUAAAAAUGUUGGGUGGAGUAAAACUUAAAGUCACGUAUGCCCAUGAAAAAACUUGCUUCGCUUAUAUCAGUCCAAAGUACAGCACAAAUAAUGAGCAGACACAAUGCGUCCAAGUUCUAUGCAGAGACAAGCAGAUCCUCCUAUGGGUGGUGUUCAACAGUGGCAUCCAAGAAGGUUGUAUAGCUUGCAAUCCUAUAUACAGCCGUCUGGUGGGUCUGGAGGAGGGUGAUGAUGUCUUUGUGUCUCCAUAUGCUGACUUGAAGGUGCUGCCAGAGCUUUAUGUGGAAACUGAUAGUCCUGAUGAUCAGCAGAUUUUGGAGCACAAUGUAGAACUGCUACAAUUACGCAUCUUAGAUCAAUUGAGACUGGUAGUGGCUAACCAAAAGACGGUAGUCUGGAUAUCAGCAUCACUCCCCAUAGUAUUCACUCCAAAACAAACCGGUAUACUAGUGAACCACAGUCAAGUUAUCGUAAAAAUGGACGCCUUUAACAGCAUACAUGACUUCCCAACUUUACCAACACCUGCACCUAAAGAAAAUGAACAUUUUAAGAACAUUGGUGCUAUCAACAAGGGAAUGCUAGCUCCAUACAUAAAUGUACCAAAAAGAUUAGUUCUAAGAGCGAUACCAAUAGACAGUGAUGGUAAAAGAAACUUGAUACAUCCCUACACAGUAUUCAUCCAUGAAGAUUUCAUUGAAGAAAAUUAUAAAGAUUUGACAGUAAUUUUGUCUACAAUAACAAAUGUACCGUCAGUCCUAAGUGAUAAUGAUGAUGAUAGUGAAAAUAAUAAUAUAGCAAUCAAUGAUGUGUGUGUAGAAAUUGUUCCAAUAGACAGCGUGAUCUAUAGAAGUCUGUGUCGUGAAGUAUACAACAAACAUAUACCAGCAGUACUCAUACCAAAAACUUUAAAUUCUAUAAUCAACAUAGAGAAUGGCAUGAGGAUUAUUUUGACUCUCAUUGGCGAAAGCAUCGACCAACCAGAACACAUAGACAUCAUAACAUAUUCAGACCAAAAUCAAACAGAGACUGAUGUUAUAGAAAAAUUUAAGAACUGUGUUGUAAGUGGUACACACUCUGGAAAAAAGUUUCUAAUAAAUAAUGGACUUAUUAAACAGAAUGUAGAAAUCAGUACUGGCUUCAUACAAUUUAAACUAAAACCAGAGAAAUUGAAAUUUACGAUGUUGAAUUCGGAGUCUUUUAGAAAUUGUACCAUAGCUGCUAAGUGCUUGACUGACUCUGAUAUGACAUUGCCCAAGCCUAUAGUUUCAAAGCUAGAUUAUGACUACAAGAAUUACUGUAGAACAAUGAAAUUAAUGGAGUCGCUAAUUGAGAAGGUAAUGUCUCACGUGUAUUUUGAAAUACAUCGAGAGGCGACGUUUAAGGGUGCUUCCGAAAUUAAAAGUAAUGUUUUGGUUACUGGCUUAAGUGGCACAGGAAAAUCAUCAAUCUGCCAUAUCGUCCAGAAAGAACUGACAGUUUGGUCUCAUAUUCUGCAUUGCCGGUCUCUCAAAGGCCGUAAAGAUAUUCCCGAGAUCCUUGGUAAGGCCAUAUUGAUGUGCCAGGAACAUAGUCCUGCGGUACUCAUAUGUGAUGACGUGGACUCUUUGGUGCCGCCAAAUGUUGAAGGUGCUUCGCCGCAAGAUAUAGCUUAUUAUCAAAGAUUGGCGGUAGUGAUCAAGCACCUUCUACAGACGUGUUCGGGUGUGUGCGUGCUUAUGACGUCAAUUGACAUGAAGGCGCUUCACCCCACAUUGAGACAGUUCAGCGGGAAACCAUUAUUUACUGCCCAUUUCGAUAUACCGGAAUUAGAAAAGGGUGAAAGAAUAGAACUCUUCAAGCACUUGCUGAACGACAAGAUCCGGCAAGAGUUUGAAAUUCUGGACGACGACGUCAUCAAGCUAGCAACAGACACAGCCGGCUCUAACGUCAGAGAUAUCGCUGAUUAUCUCAAUAAAAAAAUAUUUAAAGCUGUCAAGAAGAAAAAAGCUAGCCCUGACGAUCCAAAACCACGCCUAGUUGAAGACGUGACGAAAGAUUUGGAGAAAGCAAACGAGUUCGAUAUUUGGGGCCCCGUCGGAGGACUCGAGGAUGUCAAACAAGAACUGACUGAGUGUAUAUUCUGGCCAAUCAUGUACCCAGCGUUAUUCCCGUCACAGUCGUGCGGCAUCCUGCUGUACGGGCCGCCCGGCACCGGCAAGUCCCACAUUGGCUCCUGCCUGGCUCGCCUCACCAACAUGAACAUGAUCACUGUUAAGGGACCGGAACUACUCUCUAAAUACAUCGGACAGAGCGAGAAGGCUGUCAGGGAUAUUUUUGACAAAGCUGACAUGAAGCGACCCUGUAUCCUAUUCUUCGACGAGUUCGACAGUCUCGCGCCCAAACGCGGCCACGACUCGACGGGCGUGACAGACCGCGUGGUGAACCAGCUGCUGGCGCGGCUGGACGGCGCGGAGGGCGGCGCGCGCGGCGCGGUGCUGGCGGCCACCUCGCGCCCCGACCUGCUCGACCCCGCGCUGCUGCGCGCCGGCCGCCUGCAGCGACACGUCUGCUGCACGCUGCCCGACCUGCAUGGUCGUUACGAAGUACUACGAACACUGACGAAGAAUGUGCUCGUUGACGAAUCAGUAGACCUUCAAGAGUUGGCGGAGAAUACAGACGGGUACACACCCGCCGAUCUCAAGUCAAUACUGGUUACAGCACAGCUGACGAGGCUGGAAAAACAACUGGCAGCCAAUGAGGAAAAAACAAUGGAGUCAGUAGUGGUAUAUAAGGAGGACAUAGAAAGUGCCUUACAGGAGACGAAGCCGUCGCUGUCCAAACAGCAAAUACAGUUCUACGAUAUGAUAUACAAAAGAUUCCGAGGUGAAAGUCUAACACCAGAACAGCAAUCAAUAACAAGUCAGCAGAAACAAAGAGUUACAUUAGCUUAAAUAGACAAUUAUAUUAAUUUUAUAGUAGUUAUAAGUAGAAAAUAAUAGCUUUGACCAAAUUGUCGGCAAUACACGUUUAGAGAAAUUACGAGCUUAAAUUACCACGCUUGUUUGCGGGUGCACAGUUUUAGAUGACGAUAUCCUAGGCCAAGUACCAUGAAGUUUUAAACCAUAGCAAUUUCCCAACUAUGUUGGGUCCGGCUUCUAGUCUAACCGGAUUCAGCUAAGUACCAGUGUUUUACAAGGAGCGACUGCCUACCUGGGCAUGAAGUUUUAAACCUUUGGGCUUAAUGCCGGCACUCGAGUUCUGUUUCAAUUUAAUUCAGAUCGAGUUGGUUGUUUGGAACCCGAUACUAGCGCCAAUCCCUGCAGUGGCAGGAGGUGGAACUAAGCUAACAGUGAACGACGCAUAUAACACGGGAGAGCUACUCGAUUUGGGUUCGGUACCAUUUCAAAAUCCAAUCGAAAAUUCGAAAACAAAAGCAAACUUCCUUUGGGAGUUAGCAAGAGGACUUUUUGUAUGUAAUGUACUGUCUCGUUUUCAAGACGCGUAGAGUCCUUUUUACAGCCAAUAAAAUUACGUGGUAAAAGUAAAGGGAGAAUAAAAAGUUGGCUACGAAUAGUAUUGAUUACAAUACAAUACAAAAAUUAUUUUAUAUUACAGAAGUUUGUACUUAAAAGCGUUCUUAUGUAUCCCCUCUUAAUUUUUAUAGUAGAACUAGUCGCUAAAGCUAUUCGUCUUAUUAACGUUUUAAUCAAAUAUAAAAUCACAAACUUUUAUUGUAAUUUUAUGUACUUAUAAGUAUUUUAUUUAGCCUUAGUAAUGUAACAAUGGCAUAUAUUUUUUUAAUUUGAAUCGUUUGGCCGAUUAUUUAUAUAACAUAAGUUCGUAUGCCUCACAAAAAUAAUAAAUAAAAAUAUAUAGUGCUUUAAGCUUAAGCUGUGAUUUUAAGGUUAUUAGUAGGUGCUAGGGUAAUAUAAUGAACACACUUAACUUGUAUGGACUCUUCUCUAUACAAAAUGUUACUAUAAUAAUGUCCGUUUCUUAAUAUAUGUUGUUUAAAAUAGCUUGAGCCUCAUUUAUGUUGGACUCAUUUCAGUGUAUAAAUUCUGACUGGUACUCACUUCAAUAUUUUUUAUACUUUAAGAAAAAUAAUACCCUGUUAGGGUCAAUCUCUAGUGAUAGGACAGUGGCUGUGAGCCGUGAGUGCGUGAUCAGUGAGUGCUAGUAGGCUCUUGCAGCCUUCAAAUGAAUAUGAACUUUGAACUUAAGUAGAU